AUGUUAAAACUGUUAAAUCCAAAUGCAACUAUUCCUGUAGGGGAUACGAUUAGGAAUGAUAUUAUAAAAAGUUUCAAAGAUGAAAGCAUAAAUAUAAAAUGCUUACUUCAAAGUGUUCUAGGAAAACUUUCAUUUGCUAUUGAUGUGUGGACAUCAGCAAAUAUUUAUUUUUAUUUUGCCAUUACAGUGCAUUGGAUUUCUAAAGACUGGAAGCUUCAAAAUAUUUUAUUGGAUUUUAUUAAUCUUCAUGGUUCUCAUUCAGGAGAGAACUUGUGUGAUGCAUUUGUUAGUAGCUGUUGUGAAUUUGGAAUUUUACCAAAAAUUUUUACAAUUACAAGUGAUAAUACUACGAACAAUGAUACUUUUAUGCAACAUCUAGAAACUAUAUGUUAUAAUGAGAAUAUUGCUUUUAAUACUAUUGAAUCUCAUUGUAGAUGUGUUGCUCAUAUCAUAAACCUGACCAUGCAAGAUAUUCUUAAACAAUUCAAGGCUGGCAAAGCACAAACUAAAAAUGCUAUCUUUGAUAAUAUGAACAUACCCAUAAUGGCUAGAAAUAUAAUUUUGAAACUUCGAAAACUUAAUAAAAUUAGAGAGAUUGUAACCAUUUUAGAAAUAUUUGUACGAACAACCAAAAUGAUUGAAUCAGCAAAAUAUCUAAUGCUCGCUUCUAUUAUAUCAAUAUAUAAUUAUUUGAUCGAUAAACUCACAAAACAUUGCAAUAAUUCUAAUUAUUCUCAUGAAAUAAUCACUGCAAUAAAUGCAGGAUUGAUAAAGUUAGAAUUAUAUUAUUCAAGAACAAACAAUAUGGCUAUUUAUAUUAUCGCAACUGUUCUUGAUCUAAGACUAAAAUUGGAUUAUUAUGAAGAAAAUAAUUGGAGCAAAGAUUUUAUUAAUAGCAUUAAAGCAACUAUUCUUCAAAUCUAUAAAAAUAAUUAUGAAUCAUCUUCUUACAAAGCUACCAAUUAUAAUCAAGAUAAUAUGGAUAAUGAUGAUGAUUUGCUUUUAGAUUAUAUUUAUGAAAAAAAACAAAGAAUUAAUCAACAAAAUGAAGUUGAGUUAUAUCUAGAAGCUCCUUAG